CUCCUACUCAGCUGGCUGCUGUGGAAAAGCAACAGUGUCCUCCUCGCCAGCCUGAGGGCGCCGCGGCCCAGCCGGGCAAAGGGACCGGUGUCCCCCCAACUCCCCACAAGGAGCCCUAGAAGCCCAGGACCAUGGACACUCUCAGCAGGAACCAGCUAGGCCCUGCAUGUAAGACCGAGGCUGUGGUGCAGAAAGGUCCACUGGACCUGAUUGAGACAGGCAAAGGACUCAAGGUGCAGACGGACAAACCUCAUCUGGUGAGCCUGGGCAGCGGCAGGCUCAGCACUGCCAUCACGCUCCUGCCGCUGGAGGAAGGGAGGACAGUGAUUGGCUCCGCAGCCAGGGAUAUCUCGCUGCAGGGUCCAGGCCUGGCUCCAGAGCACUGCUACAUCGAGAAUCUGAGGGGCACUCUCACCCUGUACCCUUGCGGCAACACCUGCACUAUCGAUGGGCUCCCUGUUCGGCAGCCUACCCGGCUCACUCAGGGCUGCAUGUUGUGUCUGGGUCAGUCCACCUUCCUGCGCUUUAACCACCCCGCUGAAGCCAAGUGGAUGAAGAGUAUGAUUCCAGCAGGGGGCCGGGCCCCAGGGCCCUCCUACAACCCUGGCUCUGCUGAAUCAGAAAGCCUGAUGAACGGGAACCACACGGCGCAGCCUGCAACCCGAGGACCUGCAGCCUGUGCCAGCCACAGUUCCCUGGUGAGCUCUAUUGAGAAGGACCUGCAGGAAAUCAUGGACUCGUUGGUACUGGAGGAGCCUGGAGCUGCUGGCAAGAAGCCUGCAGCCACAUCCCCACUGUCACCGAUGGCUAAUGGCGGGCGCUUCCUGUUGUCCCCUCCAACCAGCCCCGGCGCCAUGUCUAUGGGCUCCAGCUAUGAGAACACCUCUCCAGCUUUCUCUCCGCUCUCCUCACCAGCCAGCAGUGGAAGCUGUGCCAGCCACUCACCCAGCGGGCAGGAGCCAGGACCUUCCGUGCCCCCACUGGUGCCUGCCCGUUCCUCCAGCUACCAUUUGGCUCUGCAGCCCCCGCAGUCUCGUCCAAGUGUAACCCGUUCCUCUGAAAGUCCCCGGCUGGGCAGGAAAGGGGGUCACGAGAGACCUCCCAGCCCUGGUCUCCGGGGUCUUCUGACUGACGACAGUCCUGCAGCCACAGUCUUGGCUGAGGCCCGCAGAACCACUGAGAGCCCCCGACUGGGUGGGCAGUUGCCUGUGGUGGCUAUCAGCCUGAGUGAAUAUCCACCUUCUGGUGCCCGCAGCCAACCCACCAGUAUUCCUGGCAGCCCCAAAUUCCAGCCUCCAGUUCCUGCUCCCCGCAACAAGAUCGGCACACUCCAGGACCGCCCUCCCAGUCCUUUCCGGGAGCCUCCAGGCACAGAGCGAGUGUUAACGACCAGCCCCUCCCGACAACUGGUGGGCCGAACAUUUUCAGAUGGGUCAGCAACCCGUACGCUCCAGCCUCCUGAGAGUCCUCGCUUGGGCCGGCGAGGCCUGGACAGUAUGCGAGAACUGCCCCCCUUGAGUCCUUCUCUGUCUCGAAGGGCUCUGUCCCCACUGCCAGCCCGGACUACCCCAGAUCCCAAGCUAAGCAGGGAAGUGGCUGAGAGUCCCCGACCCCGGCGCUGGGCAGCCCAUGGGACUUCCCCGGAGGACUUUUCCCUGACUCUGGGAGCACGGGGCCGCAGGACUCGGAGUCCCUCGCCUACACUCGGGGAGUCCCUGGCACCUCGCAAAGGGAGCUUCAGUGGCAGGCUGAGUCCAGCCUAUAGUCUGGGCUCCCUUACUGGGGCUUCACCUCGUCAGAGCCCCCGUGCUCAGAGGAAGCUUUCUAGUGGGGAUUUGCGGGUGCCUGUCUCAAGGGAGAGGAAAAACAGCAUCACGGAGAUCAGUGACAAUGAGGACGAUCUCUUGGAGUACCACCGACGGCAGCGCCAGGAGCGGCUGCGGGAGCAGGAGAUGGAGAGACUGGAACGCCAACGCCUGGAGACCAUCCUGAACCUGUGUGCUGAGUACAGCCGGGCCGACGGGGGACCCGAAUCUGGGGAACUGCCCAGUAUUGGAGAGGCCACCACAGCACUGGCAUUGGCAGGCCGGAGGCCCUCCAGAGGCUUGACAGGAGCCACAGUGGUCUCUGGAAGGAGCGGUGAGGAGUCUGGAGCUGCCUCCCAGCGCCUGUGGGAGAGCAUGGAGCGCUCUGAUGAAGAAAAUCUCAAAGAAGAGUGCAGUAGCACAGAGAGCACCCAGCAGGAGCAUGAAGAUGCUCCGAGCGCGAAGCUCCAGGGAGAGGUGCUGGCCGUGGAAGAGGAGAGGGCUCAGGUGCUGGGGCGAGUAGAGCAGCUGAAGGUCCGAGUCAAGGAGCUGGAGCAGCAGCUGCAGGAGGCAGCCCGAGAGGCGGAAAUGGAGAGGGCGUUGCUGCAGGGGGAGAGGGAGGCAGAGAGAACAUUGCUGCAGAAAGAACAGAGGGCGAUGGACCAGCUGCAGGAGAAGUUGGUGGCCUUGGAGACGGGCAUCCAGAAGGAGAGGGACAAGGAGAGGGCGGAGCUGGCCGCGGGACGGAGGCACCUGGAGGCCCGCCAGGCGCUCUACGCCGAGCUCCAGACGCAGCUCGAUAACUGCCCCGAGUCAGUGCGGGAACAGUUACAGGAGCAGCUGAGAAGGGAGGCAGACGCUCUGGAGACUGAGACAAAGCUCUUUGAGGACCUGGAGUUCCAGCAGCUGGAGCGGGAGAGUCGCGUGGAGGAGGAGCGGGAGCUGGCCGGCCAGGGGCUGCUACGGAGCAAGGCUGAGCUGCUGCGCAGCGUGACCAAGAGGAAGGAGCGCCUGGCUGUACUGGACAGUCAGGCUGGGCAGAUCCGGGCCCAAGCAGUACAGGAGUCAGAGCGUCUGGCCCGGGACAAGAAUGCCGCCCUGCAGCUUCUGCAAAAGGAGAAGGAGAAACUGACGGUGCUUGAGAGGAGAUACCAUUCGCUCACAGGCGGCAGGCCUUUUCCAAAGACCACCUCGACCCUCAAAGAGGCUCAGCUACUCAUCUCCGAGUCCUCAGAGAUGGGGCUGGAGAACAAGGCUCUGGGCCCGUCCCCAAGGUCUUCUCAGGCUGGGGCCUCCUCUGUUCCCUUAACCCCUCCUGCUUCCACUCAGCUCUGUCCCAAAGCACACGAGAUGGAGAAGCUGCUGCUCCCCGAUGUAGACUUAGAGCAGUGGUACCAGGAGCUGAUGGCCGGGCUGGGGACUGGCCUGGCCGUCGCCGCCGCCUCCCCUCGCUCCUCUCCCCCGCCUCUGCCUGCCAAAGCUUCCCGCCAGCUGCAGGUUUACCGCUCCAAGAUGGAUGGCGAGGCCACCAGCCCUCUGCCCCGGACCCGUAGUGGCCCUCUCCCCUCUUCCUCAGGCUCCUCGUCAUCCUCUUCACAGCUCAGCGUGGCUACCCUGGGCCGUAGUCCAUCACCAAAGAGUGCCCUGCUCGCCCAGAAUGGCACCAGCAGCCUUCCUCGCAACCUGGCAGCCACGCUGCAGGACAUUGAGACCAAGCGCCAGCUGGCCCUACAGCAGAAGGGGCACCAGGUGAUCGAGGAGCAGCGGCGGCGGCUGGCUGAGCUGAAGCAGAGAGCAGCAGCGGAGGCCCAGUGCCAGUGGGACGCCUUGCAUGGUGCCGCGCCCUUCCCAGCGGGCCCCUCCGGCUUCCCUGCGCUCAUGCACCGCUCCAUCCUGCACCACCUGCCAGCUGGCAGGGAGCGUGGCGAGGAGGGCGAACACGCUUAUGACACCCUGAGCCUGGAGAGCUCAGACAGCAUGGAGACCAGCAUCUCUACAGGAGGCAAUUCCGUCUGCUCCCCUGACAACAUGUCCAGUGCCAGCGGUCUGGACAUGGGCAAGAUUGAGGAGAUGGAGAAGAUGCUGAAGGAGGCCCAUGCAGAGAAGAGCCGGCUCAUGGAGUCCAGGGAGCGGGAGCUGGAACUACGGAGGCAGGCCCUGGAGGAGGAACGGCGGAGGCGGGAGCAGGUGGAAAGGAGACUACAGAGUGAGAGCGCCCGCAGGCAGCAGCUGGUGGAGAAGGAGGUGAAGCUGCGGGAGAAACAGUUUUCCCAGGCACGACCUCUUACCCGCUACCUGCCCAACCGGAAGGAGGACUUUGACUUGAAGACCCACAUAGAGUCGUCAGGCCACGGGGUGGACACCUGCCUACAUGUGGUGCUCAGCAGCAAGGUCUGCCGUGGCUACUUGAUCAAGAUGGGUGGCAAGAUUAAAUCGUGGAAGAAGCGCUGGUUUGUCUUUGAUCGGCUCAAGCGCACCCUUUCCUAUUACGUGGACAAGCACGAAACGAAGCUGAAGGGGGUCAUCUACUUCCAGGCCAUCGAGGAAGUGUACUAUGACCACCUGCGCAGCGCAGCCAAGAGUCCGAAUCCUGCCCUCACCUUCUGCGUGAAGACUCAUGACCGGCUGUACUACAUGGUGGCCCCAUCUGCAGAGGCCAUGCGCAUCUGGAUGGAUGUCAUCGUCACAGGAGCUGAGGGCUACACUCAGUUCAUGAACUAACUACCACGCACCGCCUGGGUCCCCAGGUCAGCCGCAGGACCCAUGCCCUACCACUUGCUGCUCGGCUUAUCCCUGGAGACGGCGGCACACUGGGCACUGGGCCACAGAGGCUCAGGAUGUAGUAGAGUCCCCCCAGGGCUUUUGUGCAAGAAGACAAAUUGUUCUGUGA